AAAUAGGAAAGUAUCCCAAUUGGGUGAGAAAGAAGGAAAGAGACGGAGAGCCGCGGUGGCGAAAUCUGAAUCUGUAUGGCCGCCCCUCUUCCCUCUUAUUCCCUUCCCCCUUUCUUUUCUUCCCAAACACGAGCCAUUGUUCCAAACCCCAACCCCAACCUCUUUCCUCCCUCUCUUUCCAUAUCUCCUUUCCGCUCUCUCUCCCAUACCAACCCUACAAAAUCCCGCAUAACUCCUCUCCUCGCUUUCUCUCACUCUAAUUCCGAUGCCUCUCCUUUCCACGAUGGGCUGGGUUCCAAUCCCACCCCUCCUAAGAAAUCCGUCCUUACCAAUCUGAUACAUGAGAUAGAACCGUUGGACGUUAGCCUUAUCCAAAAAGAUGUAUCACCUACAACCGUGAAUGCCAUGAAAAGGACUAUAUCGGGCAUGUUGGGUUUACUUCCUUCUGAUAGGUUUCAAGUCUUCAUCGAGGCACUAUGGGAACCUCUCUCAAAAUUGUUGAUUUCUUCUAUGAUGACUGGUUAUACUUUGAGGAAUGCUGAAUAUAGGCUUUGCCUUGAACGGAACCUUGGUUGUGAAGGAGAUUUGGAAAAUCAAUCUUUAGAAAAGUCUAACUUCGAUUUACAAGAGAUGUUACUAGACAGUACAAAAAUAAAUGAACUUUUUGAGAAAAAUGAUUUGUUAUCUGAAUCUGAAGAAACCAAUAAAGAGCAAUUUAAAGAUAUAGACACUCAAGGCCUGGGUGAAAUGCCCCUGGAAGCAAGUAAAUACAUUCUUCACUUGAAGUCCCGUCUAACUGCAGUGAAAAAGGAACUUCAUGAAGCAAAGAGGAAGAAUGCUGCUCUGCACAUGCAACAGUUUGUUGGGGAAGAAAAGAAUGAUUUACUGGACUACUUGAGAUCACUAGAACCAGAAAAGGUCGCUGAGCUUUGUGAACCAACAUCUCCUGAAGUGAAAGACACAAUCUACUCAGUAGUCCACGGUCUCCUUGCCACUCUUUCUCCAAGGAUGUAUUCCAAGACUCCUCCUUUGUCUGAGAACACUGCAACUAUAAAUAUUAGGAGUGAAGAUUGCGCCGGACAUGUUGAGAAUACUUCACUUCAAUUCCAGCCCUUCAUUUCAUUAACACGGGACUAUCUUGCUCGUCUUCUCUUCUGGUGUAUGCUGUUGGGGCACUACCUUAGAGGCCUCGAGUAUCGGUCUGAGCUAAUGGAACUUUUGAUGUUGACGAGCAGUCCCAACAAUAAUGGUUGUGGUGAUGAGCAGGCUGUUUAGAGUUGCUGUGCUUCCAGUGCUUCCAUCUGUAUAUAUAUAUAGUGUAAAUCGGGAUGCGGCUAACUUCUUUGUGGGGAGGAGGACGUAUGAAUUGGACAAAGAUUAGGCGAAUCCUAUAUAUGUAUAAAAAGGGAUACAUUGUUUUUGUUUG